UUUGCUGUGAGCUGCACACCUUCACUGGGAAGAGAGCAGAGCGCAUCCAGUGCGCGCUGACAGACUUAUGGAACAUUUUUUACUCUCAUUUUAAGUGUGAAGCUGUUUUUGCACGACUUUUUUUUGUACAAGUCAAAAAUCAAAGAGUUGGGCUGAUACUUUGCUGAAUUCAGGCUUGAAAAUGGGGGGAACAAGGUGGCUGUUGUUGGUCUCUCUGACAAGCCUGGCGGCCGUCACAAAUGCAAAGACUGUGAAGUAUCAGACGUUCGAGGAAGACGCCCCGGGCACAGUGAUUGGUAACUUAGCCAAGGACGUCUCCUCCACCUCCGCUUAUUCCUCGACGGGCUCCCGGUCCAAUUUCAGGAUGAUGAAACAAUUCAACUCCUCUUUCAUUCGUCUGAGGGAGAGCGACGGGCAGCUGAGCAUCGGGGAGAGGAUAGACAGGGAGCGAAUCUGCAAACACACCCUGCAGUGUCUCAUCGCUUUUGAUGUGGUCAGUUUCUCCAAGGAGCAGUUCAAACUCAUCCACGUCGAGGUGGAAGUCAAGGACAUCAACGACAACUCCCCGGAGUUUCCCCGCAAAGAGUCCAGCAUGGAGAUCUCAGAGAACACCGCCGUGGGGACGCGGAUCCCUCUAGAUUUCGCCGUGGAUGAGGAUGUUGGAGUGAACUACAUCCAAAGCUAUCAGAUCUCAGUCAACAGCCACUUUUCAAUUGAUGUGCUCAGCAGGGCUGACGGGGUUAAAUAUGCGGAGUUGGUGCUCAUGAAGGAGCUGGAUCGGGAGACUCAGGCUUCUUACGCACUGGAGCUGGUCGCCAUGGAUGGCGGGAACCCGUCCCGCUCCGGAACAACCCGCAUCAACAUCAAGGUGAAAGAUUACAACGACAACAGUCCUGUUUUUGACAGGAACAGCUUCUCCGUGGACCUGCCAGAGGAUGCUCCAGUGGGCUCCUUGCUGCUCGACCUGAAUGCGGAGGACCCAGACGAAGGGCUGAACGGUGAGGUGGUGUACGGCUUUGGGAACCAGGUGCCCUUAGAGAUCCGCCAACUCUUCAAAGUGGACAGAAAAAGCGGGCGGCUCACCUUGGAGAGGCCCAUUGACUUUGAAAGUAAGAACACAUACGAGUUUGACGUCCAGGCCACCGACUUGGGUCCGAACCCCAGUCCAGCCAUAUGCAAAAUUGUCGUGCAGGUGCAAGACGUUAACGACAACGCACCGGAGAUCUCCAUCACGCCCAUGACGUCAAUCACUGCGGGGAUAGCAUACAUCACUGAGGCGGCGACUAAGGAGAGUUUUGUGGCUCUGGUCAGCACCUCAGACAGAGACUCAGGUGCCAAUGGACAAGUGCACUGCACCCUUUACGGACAUGAUCACUUCAGAUUACAGCAGGCCUACGAGGACAGCUUCAUGAUCGUGAGCACCAGCCCGCUAGACCGUGAGAAAAUCCCUGAAUAUAACCUCACAGUUGUGGCUGAAGACCUGGGCUCCCCUCCUUUCAGGACCAUCACCCAGUACACCAUCCGCCUGACGGACGAGAACGACAACGCUCCGGUGUUCAGUAAGCCAGUGUAUGAGGUCGCCGUGGUGGAGAACAACGCACCAGGCGCCUACAUCACCACCGUGGUGGCACGGGACAUGGACAUGGGGCCAAACGGAAAGGUCACGUACAAACUAGCAGACAGCUACUUCAUGGGCUCGCCCGUUUCCACUUUCGUGUCCCUGGACCCCGCCAGUGGGUCUCUUUACGCGCUGCGGAGCUUCAACUAUGAGGUCAUGAAACAACUGGAGCUCCGUAUCUCAGCCAGUGAUGGUGGCUCCCCGCCUCUGUCUGGCACCGCCAGUGUCUUUGUGAGAAUUGUGGACCAGAAUGACAACACACCCGCAAUCACUCACCCGGCGCUCAACAACGGCUCAGCUGAGGUCCUCCUCCCCCGGGAUGCUCCGACCGGUUACAUCAUCACGCGGGUGGAGGCCAGGGAUGCAGAUGAGGGCAUCAACUCGGAGCUUUCCUUCGGGCUGGCCACCGGUGAACCCUCCGUGUUCUCUGUCAACAAAGUCACAGGGGAGAUCUACCUGAACCAGGUGCUCAGCCAUGAUGUGGACGACACCCUGAGCGUCACCGUGACGGUGAGCGACAACGGCAGGCCGGCGCUCACCUCCACAGCUACUCUGCACUUUCUCAUCAUCGCCGGCGCCCCACCGAGCGACCGCACCGUAUACCAGGCAGGCAGCGGGGGAGAGGUGACCGCGCAGUGGGACCUGUCGGUGGUGAUUAUCGUCGUCCUGGCGGGGAGUUGCACCCUCCUGCUGCUUGCCAUCAUCCUCAUCGCCACCACCUGCAACCGCCACAGAGGGGACAAGAGCGGAGAGGACAGCGACUCGUACGGAGAGAAAGGCACGCUGGAGCGAGGCAGGAACCACGUGGCUGGCAACCCGCUCCUUCCCCUGCACGCAGCCACAGGAGAGGCUGGCUUUGAGGGACACUCCUACAGCAGCCAGGCCGGGGGCUUCAACUCAGCCCACGUCGGGGGUAGCGACAUGUGCUCGGCCUCAGAGGACGGCAGCGAGGUGCCAUGCGUUUAUGACUCUGACACAAACAGCAAACCGAGGAAUAAACAUGAGGGAUACUCAACUCUGCCUGGCUAUGGCAACGGGAAGGAGGCUGUGAGGCCAAUCACCAUCUGGAAGGGCAACUCUUACACCACCAUCUCUGCCAGAGACCCCGCCUUCAGUGGGAAGGACAGCGGCAAGGGGGACAGCGACUUCAAUGACAGUGACAGUGAUGUGAGCGGAGACACUGCCGGCUUGAAGAAAGAUGGAGCUGUUCCCCCGAUAGGGGCCCAAAAUGCGUUGUGGGCUUGCACCAGUGAGUGUAAAGUCCUGGGCCACUCGGAUCGCUGUUGGAGCCCCUCGGCGGUGAGAGCCAAUGCGGCGCCAUCACCAGCACCGACCGUCUCCUCCUUCAGCAGUCAGUCCAAGACAGCCUCCCUGCCCAGAGACCCACACCGCAGGGACAACUACUACCAAGCACACAUACCCAAAACAGUGGGGCUGCAGAGCGUGUAUGAAAAAGUGCUGCACAGGGAGUACGACUAUGUCAUGGUCACCCCCACUCGGCCUAUCAGGGUCCAGGAGGUGUGCAGUGAUGUCACUAUCCCCGUGUACACACCCACCCCGACACACUGCAACGACGACAACUGAAACAGACUCUGCACAUGUGCUCUCACGUAAUUAUACUAUAUUCCAAAAUAUUUAAUUUAUGAUCCGCUGACAAUGAGAGUGAUGUAAAAAUAUAUGUGGGCAUAUACCUUCAUGUUUGUGCAUCUUUGUUUAAUGUAUAACCAAUUCAAUCACUUUUCUUCUUUGUUGGACGUGUAUUAUAUGCAAGUUUUGUACAUACAGAGAUUUUAUAUUUUUAUAAAUGCUAUAAUUAAGCAGACAUGUAAAAAAAAGAAAAAGAUCUUUAAGCAUGCUUCUAUUUAAAUCUGCCCCAGUCCUAUUUGGCUGGUACACUAAGAAUCAAGUUGAUAAAAACGUAUGAAAGAAUUUGAAUGUAAUAUGUCAUUGUACAGAAUUUUUUUAUUAUCACAAUAUUGUGACAAGAAAUAAACUUUUGAAA